UCCGGGCUGGCAAAUCGGAGCGGGGUGACAUCAGCGGCCACGUGACCCUACCUGGCCGGCGCGGGAGGGCGCAGGUGGGGCCGCAGCAGGAGGCACGCGGCGCACGGCUCCUGCAGCAUGUCCGUCAGCAGAAAGGACUGGUCGGCGCUGUCCAGCCUGGCCAGACAGUGGACUCUGGAGGAUGAGGAAGAGCAGGAACGUGAGCGCCGGCGUCGGCACCGCCACCUGAGCUCGACCACGGACGACGAGGCUCCCAGGCCCACCCAGAACGGAGGCCAGCCGGCCGUGGAGAGGUUGCCCAGCGUAGAGGAAGCAAAGGUGGCCAGGUCACCACCCCCAGCCUCCAAAGAUGAGGAGGAGGACGUCCAGGCCAUCCUCAGGACGCGGCAGGAGCGUAGGCAGAGGCGGCAGGCGGUGGAGGUGGCACAGGCCCCACUCCGGGCUCAGCUAGAGGCAGAGGAGGGGCAGGACAGCUCGGGCCCUGGGCUGGACGAGGAGCAGCCCCAGGCGCCCGAGAAGGAGGUGGAGCUGCUGCCUCACCGGAGGCUGAACCAGCAACGGCGGGGCCCCUGGGCCAGGGAGGAGGAGAGCUUGGCGGGCAGGGAGCCGGGAGGUGAGAAGCAGGGGGCCUCGGAGAAGACCCCGGUUCCAGACAAGAGCCGGGUUUCGGGGAGGUCCUCCGUUCCAGAGACGGCAUCAGCGCCUGAACAGAGACUGGUCUCAGAGGAAACCUCCAUCUCCGAGAAGUCCCCGGGCCCCGAGAAGACAUCCGUGUCCGAGAAAAGAUCCAUCAUGGAGAAAAAAGCAGUUCUAGAAAAAACAAGUGUCUUGGAGAAGCCGCCCAGCCCAGGGAAGACAUCAGGCUCAGAGAGGAGACUGGUGUCUGAGAAAGCAUCGAUCUUUGAGAAGUCGUCAGCCACAGAAACAAAGCCGGCCCCCAAGAGGGCGGCAGCCUUGGAGCAGCCGGCCCCUGGGGGCAGUGUGUCCAGCACCAAGGAGUGGAGAGGAAGGGCCCUCCCUGAGAAGAGCCCUCCAGCUGUGCCUUCCCGCCUCCCACCGAUCACUCUCCAGGUGAAAAUCCCCAGCAAGGAAGAUGAGGUGGACACAUCCUCGCCCACCCUGGCCACCUACAGCAGCUCCCUCAAACGCUCCAGCCCCAGGACCAUCUCCUUUCGGAUGAGCUCCCAGAAAGAAAACCUGGAGACGACCUUAACCCGCAGCGCCAGCGUGAGGCUCCCGGCCAGCACGGUCAAGUUAGGCGAGAAGCUGGAGCGAUACCACACGGCCGUGCAGAGAUCGGAAUCCGUCAAGAGUCCGGGCUCCUCCCGCACCGAGUUCUUCGUGACUCCCAUGGGUGUGGCCAGCAAGCGUCACCUCUUUGAGAAGGAGCUGGUGGGCCAGAGCCGAGCAGAGCCGGCCUCCAGCAGGAAGGAUAACUUAAAGCUCUCUGGGGUUGUGACAUCACGGCUCAACCUGUGGAUCAGCAGGACCCAGGGGUCUGGAGAUCAGGACCCCCAGGAGGCACAGAGGGAGUCGGCAGCCACCAGGAGGACCCAGCGGGGGAGCCCAGCAGAGCCCUCCAUGAGAGUGGACGUGGACGUGGAGGUGUGACAGCGCUGCCAAGACUGACCGGCAAGUCCGUCCUGAGGGCCCUCCCUCGUGCCAGGCCCUGCUUCUGCAGCACCUCCCUGCCUCUGUUCCCUGUCUGCCUCCAGACCCGGGGCCAGGAAGGUCCAGGAAACUCUGCCAGCUCCUUCCCGGCCCUUCCUCUGGGGCCCAGUAUGCCCUGGCACCUUGUCCUGUGGUCGGCAUAGCAGAUCCUGGAAUCCGGCACGGCCCGGGAACAGCAUGGGCUCCUGUCAGCACUAGGGGGCUCAGCAUCCCGUCCAGAGACGGCUCCUAAAGCCGCUCACUUCCAGAGUCCAGGUGGCACGAUCUCUCGAGAACUCCAGGGCCACCUGUCUGCCCUGCUCCCAGCAGGUGCCUCCACGUGCCUGUGAUGUCUCUGCCCCCAGCUUGCAGAGACCCACACCGCCAGACUAUGAAGGAGCUGGCCUGUCUUCCAUGGGCCCCACCUGUCCCUUCUCUGGCUGGCAGCUCAGUGCCUUUUUUUUGCCCCACCCCAACCCACCCUACUCGCUCUCUGAAAAACCUCUUCUCAGGAAAGAUCUAAUAAACUCCUUCACUCUCAGGUAUAAGUGACUAAG